CCGUCUAUUAGCUCCGCCCGGAGACGGGAGACGGGUCAAGCCUUCGUGCCGGCGGAGCCGUCCAGGCGUUCGAGGCGCGCCUCUCUUGUCACUUCCUGCUCCCGCCUCUCCGCGUCAGGGUGGCGCUGCGCGCUCGCGUCCCCUCUCCUCCUUCUCUAUUCUUUACCGGCGUUGCUGCCGCCGCCACCGCCGCUUUUCCCUCAGCUUCAGCGUGCCUCUCAUUCCGCCCACCCCAUCCCCUUUCCACGCUUGCCCUACCAGGGACUGUGGUAGCGACGAGGUGAGGGAAAGGAAAGAGCCGGGAACGGUGGGAGGGAGAAGCAGGCGCGACGGCGGUGGCGGAGGCAGCAGCAGCAGCUUCUCCUCAGCAGCAGCAGCAGCAGCAAGAGAAGGAAGCAGCGGCGGCUGAAGGCGCUCUCCGAACCCUCGAGAGGGGGCCACGCCGGAGGGUCCAGCUCCCUUCAGCUCCUCCGCGGUGAAUCGAGGGAGAUGCCCGUGAAAAAGAAGCGCAAAUCCUCCGGCCAGGCGGGGGACGAGACGGGCCUCAAGAAGUGUAAAAUCAGCAGCUAUUGCAGGUCACAAGCUUCUAGUAAAGUGAUAAGUGGUGAGGAGCAUUUUUCAAGCAAGAAGUGCCUGGCUUGGUUUUAUGAAUAUGCAGGUGAUGAUGAAGUGGUAGGGCCAGAAGGAAUGGAGAAAUUCUGCGAGGACAUUGGUGUUGAACCUGAAAAUAUUAUUAUGCUAGUUUUAGCCUGGAAACUGGAGGCUGAAAGCAUGGGAUUUUUUACAAAGGAAGAAUGGUUAAAGGGGAUGACCUCAUUACAAUGUGACUGCACAGAAAAGCUGCAAAGUAAAUUUGAUUUUUUGCGCUCACAACUGAAUGAUAUUUCAACAUUUAAGAAUAUCUACAGAUAUGCCUUUGAUUUUGCAAGGGAUAAAGACCAGCGAAGUCUUGAUAUUGACACUGCAAAAUCUAUGUUAGCUCUUUUACUUGGAAGAACAUGGCCACUGUUUUCAGUAUUUUACCAGUACCUGGAGCAGUCAAAAUACAGAGUAAUUAACAAAGAUCAGUGGUACAAUGUGUUAGAAUUUAGCAGAACUGUCCAUGCAGAUCUUAGCAACUAUGAUGAAGAUGGGGCAUGGCCUGUUCUUCUUGAUGAAUUUGUGGAGUGGCAAAAGGUUCGCCAAGCAUCCUAGCAAGAGCAGCUUUGAAGAUAAUGCUGGAUCUUGUGAUGCUACAAAAACUGAGUCAAAACCAAGGGUUGCAUUCACAUUCUUAUGAACUUUAGUCAUUUUUUUCCUUUUAUUUUUAAAGGAAGCCUUGUUACAUGUGAAAUGGGCAUUGAACCACACCUCUUCUGAGACUGAUAAUUGGAGGGUUUUGUCUUAAGUUUCUAUCAUUUCAGAACAAUAAAGAUUCAGAUUUGUAACAGUC